AUGAAGAAGGAAGAAAGAGACCGGCAGAGCGCAAAGAAACAGCCCACCAUCUCCGCUCGGGAAAGAGGCCCGGGCCCUGGACGCUACGCUCUUCCUCCUACCAUUGGAUACAUCAACCAUGACAUCACUAAACCCAGUAGCCCCGCCUACUCCUUCCACAGCCGCAUGAGCAGCGCCAUGGUCUCUGUGGACUCCAGUCCAGGACCCAGGUACCUUGUGGAUUCCAAGGUGACGCGGUUCGGCCGCAUGGAGACGCGGAGCUGCUCCAUGUCAGGGAGAGGAAGAGGAGGAGAGAACAACGGAGCCCAGCAGGGGUUCCAGACUCCGGGUCCAGGGGCCUACAGCCCGGAGAAGGCUCCUCCUAUCCACCACGGACCCCCGUCCUACACCAUGGGCUCUCGGACCCGGUACCGGUCUGUGGACCCGGUGCCGGCCCCCAACAGCUACAGCCUCCCGAGCCUCCUGGGAGGCUCCGCCCCCAACAAACCCUCCACCGCCGGCUAUAGCUUCUCGGGGCGCCGGCAGGUGGGCGGCCCCUCGGUGGACCUCUGCGCGCGCAGCCCGGGGCCCGCGAGGUACGGCAGCACCGACCCGGACGUAUACCGGCGGCGCCAGCCCUCCUUCUCUAUCCAGAAGCGGACCAGGAGGCCCCACUCCUCCUCCUCCUCCUCCUCGUGCGCCCCCGGCCCCGGCACGUACAGCCCGGAGAGGUUCCACGCGCAUCUGCCAAGACCCCCCUCCUUCAGCCUGGGGGUCCGGCACUCGGAGUUCGUCACACCGCUGGUGGUGGAUAUGGUUGAUUAACAGCUGGUGGUGGAUGUGGUUGAUUAACAG